CAACAGCUCAAGACUCAACACCCGAAGCAGUUUCGUCCACGACGGAGAAAAAUAUCUCUGUUCACGAGAAACUUGUUAGUGUGGAUCAGAUGGAGUUUGGGUGUGAACGAAAACACUCUUACGAGAACAAGACGAGAAAGCUGAAGAAAGAAUUCGAAUUUCCUGCUGAAUCCAAGGAAGUUUUGAAGUCCAAGAUCUGCCAAAAUCCGUCUGUGGAUGAGUCUACAACUGCUUCUGUUCGUGGAGACGUUGCCAAUAUUCAGGAUCAUGAACUCAUGCGAUUGGCUGAAACUCUUGAAUCGACAGUCGUUGAAAAGGCCUCUUAUGAUGAUUUAGUUUCUGAACAACAGGAACAAGCAACUGUGCAAUCAGAAUCUGAUUCGACUGAAGCCAUCAAACUGGGCGAGGAAAUCUUGCCCAUCGUUCGAAGGGGAAGCUUCGUCCAGGACUCCUUCUUCCUCGAUGUCCGCCAAGAAUUCGACGCUGCCAUCAGAGAGGUCCUGAGGAAGUGGGUCAGCGAAGACAGCGAAGUGACACACAGUGAGGACUUCCUUGGCCUUAGUCACAGCGAUAUCCUGGACCGCUACAGACAGCUUCGAUCCCACGAAUUGAAGGAAGAGACCCAAGUCUUUAUCGUCACGUCCGACAACACUAGUUACAAGAUCGUGUUGGACGUCCAAGACUUCAUGAACGGGGAUCUGAAGGUGAAGGUGGCGGGCGAGACGGAGGUGGUGGGGAGGGUCGUGUGGAGAGGAGAGAAGAAGGAAGCUCAUCCGUGUCCUCCUACUCCUUCCGACGCCGCUUCUCCUUGCCAGAGCAUAUUGACAUGACAGCCAUCACGUGCAUCAUGUCUUCAGAUGGCAUUCUUACAAUCAGCGCUUCAAAAAUGGCAGAAGAACCGGAGGAACACAAAGUGAUCAGGUCUGUUGAGGAAGUUCAAAAAUCCUCUCAAGUUCAACGCUCGCUAUUCCCAGCUGAUGAAACCAUCUCCCUCCAUGAGGAAUGUGAAAAAGAAAGCAAAGCCACACAUGACUGCAUGGACUCUGUGGCAGAAGAUACGAGCAUUGAAGAUGUAAAGAUUCAAAUC